CAUAGGUUAUUGAAAAUGCUGCCACAGAUUGAUCAGCUUAAUGCCAAUCAAUGGAUCAAUUAAUUUGGAAGGGUGAUCCAUCAGGAGAUCUAGGAAAUUUGGGGCGAUUGUUUGUCUUGGUGGGUAAUGAAAUGGGUUGUUCCUUAUCGGUUAAUGCCUUGAUUUGUGGUUUGGAUUCAAAUUCAAGAAUGUCAAAAAGCUCUUAUGGGAGGCUAAACCCAUCCAUGGCAAUUUUUUGGACUAUCUGGAAAACCAGAAAUAAUAACCUUGUCUUUAAUAAUGGUGAAGCUUCUUGGGAAAAUGUCUUGGAGUUAAUUAAAGAGAAAGUUGCAACUCGGCUAAAAGCACAUUGAAUUAUCCCUUGCUAUACAGUUGCUGAUUUAAUCUUAAAGAUGAAAGAAGUCAAAAACCUACACUUCCCUUUAAAAGGUGAGGGACUUUUGUGCUU